AUGUCGUGCUUCUCAGGCAGGGCCCGGCCUCCGUUUGGCGUGCCCGCCAUCGUCCCCGGUCCGGUCCUGUGCCCCGACCCCCAGGCCGCCGUGGCGUGCAGUCCGACCGCGCCAGCUCUCGCGGGGGCCCCGUGCGCUGCACCCACUUCACGCCUGCCCUCUGUCAUUUCAGAUUGUGAGAUGGGGACUGAGCACACGGAAGUAAUCCCCAAGGAGGAGGCUUCUGAAGACCCCGAGCCACGCGCGGCCACGUCGGAGAAAUUUCCCCAGGUGGUUUGCCGGGGCCGGGAGUUGGGAGCCGCCCGGGCGGAGGACGCGGUGGUGAGGCGUUCGGGAGCGUCCGCGGACGGGAGCGCGCAGUGGGCGUCCCUUCGCGGGAAAGGCCUCGCGUCGGGGCCGGCCGUCUGUAAGAGGUCCCCGUCGGUUGAGGAGUCCGGGGACAGCGACGAGAGCGAGCGCGUCCGGGGUCCCAGCCCGCACCCGCUGGUGCCCCGGACCACGCCCCGCACCAGCCCCACGGAGAGGGCUGUGGUACCCGGGGCGCAGAGAAGCCCGGUGGGAGGAAAGCCUCACGCGUGCAAAGAGUGCGGGAAGGCCUUCAACCAGAACUCGCAUCUCCUGCAGCACCUGCGUGUGCACAGCGGGGAGAAGCCUUUCGGCUGCGAGGAGUGCGGGAAGGCGUUCGGGACCAACUCGAGCCUGCGGCGGCACCUGCGCAUCCACGCGGGCGAGAAGCCGUUCGCCUGCGGCGAGUGUGGCAAGGCGUUCAUCCAGAGCUCGCACCUCGUGCACCACCACCGCGUCCACACCGGCGAGCGGCCCUACAAGUGCGGUGAGUGCGGCAAGGCCUUCAGCCAGAACUCUGCGCUUGCCCUGCACCAGCGCAUCCACACGGGCGAGAAGCCGUACGCGUGCGGCGAAUGCGGCAAGACCUUCCGCGUCAGCUCGCAGCUCAUCCAGCACCAGCGCAUUCACACGGACGAGCGCUACCACGAGUGUGGCGAGUGUGGCAAGGCUUUCAAGCACAGCUCUGGCCUUAUCCGCCACCAGAAGAUCCAUACCGGCGAGAAGCCCUAUCUGUGCGGCCAGUGCGGUAAGGGCUUCGGCCAGAGCUCCGAGCUCAUCCGCCACCAGAGGAUUCACACGGGGGACAAACCGUACGAGUGCCGCGAGUGUGGCAAAACUUUCGGCCAGAAUUCGGAGAUCGUCCGGCACGUCCGCAUCCACACCGGCGAGAAACCGUACGUGUGCGCGCAGUGCGGAAAGGCCUUCCGGGGCAACUCGGAGCUGCUGCGGCACGAAAGGAUCCACACGGGUGAGAAGCCCUACGAAUGCUUCGAGUGCGGGAAGGCCUUCCGGCGCACCUCCCACCUCGCGGCGCAUCAGCGGGUCCACGCCGGGGAGAAGCCCCACCAGUGCAGCGAGUGCGCGAGGACCUUCUGGGACAGUUCGGAGCUGCUCCUCCACCAGAAGACCCACGGCGGCGGGAAGCCGUACGCGUGCGGUGAGUGCCAGAGGACCUUCGGCCAGCACUCCCAGCUCGUCCUGCACCAGCGGGUCCACACUGGCGAGAAGCCGUACGCGUGCGGGGAGUGCCAGAAGGCCUUCGGCAGGAGCUCCCACCUGCUUCGGCACCAGAGCGUGCACGGCGCCGACUGA